AUGAGUGACAGCACAGCUAACGAUUUGGAAUUUGAGCAGCAGCUCAACGAAUUUUUACAAUCAAUAAAAAUCAAGAAUGCCCGUUUAGCGUUGUCCUCUUCAUUAAAACUUUUAGAUUAUGCAAAAUUAACGAAAAAAGGAAUUCCUAUGGCUCUAUCAAAACUUGUUCUUGCCACAUAUCUAAACAAGCAUUUUGGAGAAGAUUUUUAUAUUAAUUUUAAAUCAUAUCUUGGGGAAAUUGAAGAUUUUGAAUCUCAAUGGGAAGAAGCGAAAAAGAUAAUCGUAUUAGAUAUAUUAGAUCUCUACAGAGGGCUAAGCAGUUAUCUCAAAAACGAUUAUUUCACUACUGUCAAUCCAUUCAAACAAAUUGCAGAAUAUUUAAAUGAAGACGAAAAUAUCAAGUUAGCUAAUAUCAAUCGCCUACUUAUGCUUUGUCAUGACUGUUCAUCAACAAUAAGCAAAGCAAUUCUCUCGGAUAUUGCUUCAAUUGGUUUAAAAAGGAUAAUUAAUUCCAUACAAGUUCAAAAAGAAGGAAAUUACAACGAAAAACAUCUGGAAAAGAGUAUGACAUUUAUUAAAAACUACGUUCCAAAAGAGCAACAAAAUGAUUUAAAUACAUUUUUGUCCCAACUCAUGUUUGAAUUCGCUAUUUCUGAUUCCAUUACAAAGAAGGCAGCAGCACUUCAAAACUUUACAGGUUUUCGCGCUUUUUCGCAAGAAACAAUAGAAAAAUUAAAUGAAUAUAAAGUUGUUGAUCAUUUAAUCGCAGAUUUACAUCAAGACUUAGUACCAAAAUUUGUAACGUUUUUCAUAAAGAUGUGGAAUUCAGGUCAAUUCAUUGAUGAACAAUUGGAAAAAUAUUGGAACGUUUGUGUUAACGAGCAUCAAACAAUUAUUGAUAAAUUUUUUGCGGACUGGCCGAGACUUUUUGCUAGUAUUCCGAAAGAAAAAAUGCAUGUUUUUUGGGAAGUCGUUAUUCAUUCUCCGAAAUAUCCAAAAGCUGCAUUAGAUUUUCUUAUUAAGGUAGCACCGAAGGCAGAGGAUAUAACAAAAUGCAAAUUAAUUACUUCUUUGUCAAAUUGUGAAGAAAAAAUCGAUUGUGUUUACGCAAUUUGCGAAUAUGCUAAGGUGGCACCAACUAUAUCCCAGGCGGUGAUUUCAAAUGCGUAUACAGGACUUCAUAAAGGAAAAAACAAAUAUUUUCAUAUUUUGGUUUUACUUAAUUUAUUGAAAGAACCGACAAUGGAUGAUCUGGGACACGUUCUGGAUUACGGACAAUUAGAUCCGAAAGAAUCACGACCACUCUUUGAACUAAUUUUGAAAAUUUGCAGGAUAUUAAACCAUAAUUUAACAAAAGAAGAGUUUGACAAGCUUAAAAUAUUAAUAGAACCAGUUAUUAUUGAAGAUUCCCGCCUUGUUACUUUGUUUUUGAACCAAUUAAUUUUAAAUCACAUAAUAGAUACAACUUUAGUGCAUACACUCCUUAGUUGGCUUGUUUCUCAGAGCCAUGUGAUGACAGAUUUUAUUUUCUCUCUGUUUCUUUUCAUUAAUAAUUUAGAUAAUAAUAAUCAAUUUGAUAAUUUUGAUUUAGUUGGGUUCCAAUCGAUCCUUACAGUCCUAAAGAAUAGCGAUGAUCCAGAAGUAGCUACUUUUAUGACGAACUUGAUCAUGAGAUGCAGAAAUAAUCAGUUAAUCGAUAAUUUGAUAGUCCAAAUCAUGGAAGAGUACGUAUCCAAUGCAUCAUUAAUAACUAUAUCAAAUUUAAUAUACCAAAUCGAAACAAUUUUGGUAAAUCCUCCAAAAUGCAACAAAUUUGAGUAUAGUCCAUUGAUUACGAUCAAACCGACUGACAAAGGAUCAAUAAUGAUACCAUUCGGGUCUACAGUUGAUUUCUUCAAGCGUAGAGUUGAAUCUUAUUUGAAUACAGAUUUUAAUCAGCUCGAGUUCUUCAUAGGCGAAGAUCCACUAACAGAUAUUCAUCACUUCACGGCCAAUGAAGAAAUUACCGUAAAAUCUCCGAUUUUCGGCAACGGUGCAAGAAAAUGGUCGAAAUCUGAGUACCCAACAACAGUUUUAGCGAGGUAUUCUGGGAAGUUAUUCGAUAUAGUCAAAGCCAACUCCAAAGAAUCCGAAAAUGCAUUGACAGUUUUGAAUUUACUUCCAACAAUUGAAUCCGAAAGCAACAUUUUCAAAUCGAAGACACCAAAUUGGAAAGAGGUCUUCGAUACAAAAUACCCUUACGUACUCCUUUAUCGAAUGAACAUAUUAAGUCACUUGAUUAAUCUGAAAAACAGGAGAGACAUCACUUAUAUCUUUACUUCAGGUGGCUUCAAGUACUUGUUGAAGCUCAUCAUUGACAACAAGAGCAUAUUUAGUCGUCCAGAACAUGUUGAUUUGUUCGCAUGUUCAGUUGGUAUGUUAGUAGCCUCAGUUGCCACAAUUGAAGAAGCAAAAGACAGUAAACUGGAGACAUACAACAGUUUGGGAUACAAAGCAAUCAUGGAUUCUUUAAUAAUUUGGGUUCAUAAUAUCAAAUUUGAAGAAAGAAGUUAUUCGUUGAUGGUUCAGAACAUUAUGUUCAUUAUUUGUGAUGUAGCACGUUAUAAUGCUGAUCCACUGCUGGAAAAUGAGAAUUUUGUUGAUAUUUUCAAAUCAACAAUUUUUGAUAAUAGAUAUUACUUACAAGAAGUCUUCGGAUCGGUCAUAGCUUCAACAGAUAUGAUUAAGAUCGAACCUAUUAUACUUUCUUUCGUGGAAUACGCUCGAAAUGGCAACUGUUUGAGUUAUUUCAAACUUGUGAAGAAACUUGCACAGAUAAGUAACAAACCAGUGGAAGUAUGGAAGACACUGGCCAAGUAUCUGAUGGAUAACAUGUUCAUUAUGAGUCCAAAUGCAAAACUUCCGGAAGAUUUCGGACAUGAGAAACUUUACCCUAAAGAUUUCAAUAAACCGAAGGCUAAGAAGGGUAAGAAGAAACCAAAGGUAUCAAAUGCAACUGACGAUAAUGGCUCAAAUAACGAAGAAUUGAAUAAUUUUAAUUCGGUAGAUUCAAAAUCAGAUAGAAGUUCUUUUUCAUCACAAGAAACCCAUAAAAGCCCAUCAGCCUUUGAUUUGAAAGACGAAAGUCAAGAUAAUUUCGAAACAAAAACAAUAGAAGAAAAUAAUAAAAAUUCAGAAGAAAAUAAAGCACCAAAAGAUAAUACAAGUAAUCUAAAUGAAGAAAAUCCAAAGAAUUCAGAAGAAAAUUCUGAUAUCUCAAAUAAUAAUGUUCCGAAAUCCGACAAUAAUGAACAAAAUACACAAAAUAAUGAUAAGAAGACUGGAUCAGAGCAAAAUACCGCGAAAUUUGCUCCAAAUGAUAUUAUUAAUUCCCAAAAUAAGCAAGAAGAUAAAGAAAAAGUUGACAAGAGACCAACCAUCUUUGCAGAAACAACUGGAGAUGACAAGCAGCAGAAAGAUGAUCAAGAAUCAGAAUAUGAAGAAGAAGAGAAAGAAGAAGUCAGAUAUUUACACCCAGGACCACAAUUUACAGUUGAAGAACUAAAAGAAGCCGCUUUAAUGAUGUCCGCAAAUGUUGCAGAUCCAAUGUUUGUUUCAUCAAUCUUCGAAACUCUUUUAUUAUUAGUAGAAAGAGUUGAUAAUCCUAUUCCUUAUGCAGAAGAACUAUGCAUGUUCGCAUUAAACAAGAUUGCUUUCAACGUAUCGAGAAUUAUUCCAGCUCCUCAUGAUCUCUUUGACCUUAUCGUUUCAAUUGUCAACAAGGACGGGUCAGUAGGAAACACAAUCUUUAAUCGCCUGACCGUUCUCAAACAUGACAGAAAUCAUUAA